AUGUCGGAUCUCAACGAGCAACCAUCGGAGUCGAUGACCGGCUCGGAUACCUCUGGCCUGAAGCCGUUGUCUAAUGCCAACGAUGACCUCCAGUCCAUUUCCAACCCCAGCAAUAUUGACCUGGCCCGGGUUAUGAAUCGCGCCGGUAUUGCGAUGACAAAUGGCGGAUUCCCGCUCGACGAUCUCGAGGAUGAGGAUGAGGUGGACGAGGAUUACGUUGCAGUCGACCAGGAAGAUGCGAACGACUACCCCUACUGGUUCCGCCGGCCCCCAACCCACCAGCGCACCAAGCUCGACGAGUUGCACCCGUUCGUCCAAUUGCUCUCCGCAUCCAACGUGGAGGACUGUGUUCAGGUGGAGAAUGCGUUCCCCGAGCCGGAGCGCUGCUCGCGUGACAAGUUCAUUUACCGCCUCACUCGCUGCCCGGAGCUGAGCUUGGGUAUCUUCACACUGCCUGUCAUCGAUGAAAGCAAGCCCAAGCCUCGCGCAACUCUUGUUGGACACAUCAUCGCCACCCGGACAUCGGAGCCCUUGGUGACCGACCGGGCUAUGCGACUGCCUCAAGACUGGCAAUCUAAGCGGUGGACGUUUGAGGAUAACCAGGCCGUUGGCCACGAAGAGGGUGGCAGCACCAUUGCUAUUCACUCGCUGGCCGUGCUCCCCGAGCACCAAGGCAAGCAGGUCGGAAGCACCCUGCUGAAGUCAUAUAUCCACCGUAUCCGGGAGGCCCAGAUUGCGGAUCGGAUUGCGAUCAUUGCGCAUGACCACUUGGUUCCUUUCUAUGAGUCGUUCGGUUUUGAGUCUCGUGGCCCUAGCAAGUGCCAAUUCGGCGGAGGUGGUUGGGUGGAUUUGGUCCUGGAGUUUGGUAAUGAGGAGAUGAGCCAGUGA